UUAAGAAUUGAGUGCCAAGAAGUUGUGUUUGGCAUUCAUUGAGUGGGGACGUUAUUUGGUCACUGAUUGUGCAUCCACUUGUUAAUAGAAGAUCGAUGAUAAAGUAAAGUUUGUGGUGUUGUGGGGGGUAACUACAGAAUCUCUGGAUCUUUUACCGAUAGAAAGCCACGUUUUGUAAGUGUCUACUACUACUACAUUUUAUCCACGAAUUCCCACAGGAACGGGAACUGGGAACUGCGCGUGUGAAACCACGUGACGCCGGCUAUUUAGCUAUAUCAUUUAAAUGUUUCGGUGGAUCUAAGCUUUUAAUUUGAUAUUGGGCUGUCCAAAUCAAAAACCAUAUAGCCAUAGAAGUGCAGAAAAUUCUGAUAUAUCACAAUAUUAUACAAAAAUGCACCCUACCGUUUAUCCUCUUUUAAAGGUAAUGAAGCGGAAAUCCUCUACGCUAAAAUUGAACAUGUUGCCGAGAGUAACGCGUCGAUUAGACACCGUGUCGCAUAGACCGUGUCUGGCCUUUCACAAUAUCUCGCUCUACAAAAUACCUAAUCACAGAGUUUGAUAUAGAAAUAACAGCUAUACGUCAAAAAUUCUCGUUAUCGCAUACGUGUUUUAUCACGAAGUUUUGCUUAGUUGCAUUUUCUUUGAAUGCAACGCCGAAACCAUCGAUUGCGUUCCUGUUGUUUGUAAAUCAUUGUUUUGUUUCGAUAUGACCGCUGGGGCAAUGUGUCGGUAUAUAACAAGGCCGUGGAGGUAAAGGGGCAUCUUAUAUCGGUCACACAUGGCGGUGACAACCCACUUGGUGUUUAUAACGGGCUUGCUUUGCUCGGCUGUCCAGGGCCAGUAUUAUGCGUCGUCAUACCCGUCGUCCUACCCGUGCAACUGCGUAGCGCCGCCCGCGCCCGCCAGCCCCAUCUACAUAUCGCUGCCCACCCCCGCGCCGAUAUGCGUCUCCCCACCCCCGCUGCCGCCUUUGAUGAUAGAGGUGCCUUUACCGCCACCGAUAACAAUAUCACCUCCACCGUUACCUCCUAUGUGUGUGACUCCUCCGCCUUUAGCUCCGAUCACGGUGACACCUCCGCCGUCACCCCCCAUGUGUGUUAACCCACCCCCUCUGCCGCCCAUGUGUGUCACCCCACCCGCUCCUCCGUUGAUGUAUGUGAAUCCUCCGACUCCCGAUGCGAUUCUUAUCGAACUACCGUGUCCGGGUCCUAUUAUGAUAGAGCUGCCGCCCAUCAUGGUUCAGCCGCCCGCGCCGCCGCCGGUGAUGGUGCAGCCGCCCCCGCUUCCCCCAAUACCUGUGCAACCCCCGGCGCCCGCGCCGAUGAUGAUCCAACCGCCCCAGCCUCCCCCGAUGUACAUCCAACCGCCAUCUCCUUGUCCUAUCACAAUCCAGCCUCCUUGCCCGGAGUCUAUCUACGUGCAACCACCUCCCCCGGGUCCUCUGACCGUGCAACCACCCCCGUUGCCUCCAAUUUGUGUCCAACCCCCUCCCCCACCUCCGCUCUGCAUCCAGCCUCCCCCGCCGGAACCGUUCUGUCUUCAGCCGCCCCCGCCGCCGCCGAUCUGCUUCGCCCCAAACCCCUGCCCAGCGCCGACCUGUGGCUGCGGGGUACCUCCGACGGCGUUGGUCGCACCGAUAUAUUUAUAGUACAAUAGAACUAAUAUAAUUACAAUUAUUAAUAGACAGAAUUAAAAUGUUGUUUAAUUGAA